CAUCACAGUCAAUCACAGUUUGAACGCCGCGAAAAUAUACGAGACCUAAAAAUUUCCACGGAAACUCACAAAUAUUCCAUAAUUUAAUGUCCUAACGAAAAAUCGAAAUGUUCGCAAAACCGUAUAAGUUGAAAUCCAAUAACACGUUAAAGAAUUCAGAAAAGAAACAGUUAGCGCAAAGGAUCAUUCAUGAGUUUCCGACAAUAACUGAAGAGAAAGUGAAGCAGCUGGUACCCGCCAAAUCGAUAGGCAUUUGCAUGAAAUUGGUGUUGUCCUCUGGAGACAUUGUAAAUGUGUACGUGAUGGACGGGGUGCCAAUUAUAAUGGAAGUAGCAGAAGGGUUGGUCCCGACGGUGUGCGCGCUCUGGCAAGCUCCUGAGAUGGUCCCACAUAUCAUUAUACAUACACCGGUCUUUCCAAAGGUCCAAGGUGGAGCUCCUCUAUACCUCCCAGGAGUAGAACUACCAGCAGGAGGUACAGGUUUCCCACAGUUUUGUAAAGGUGAAUUAAUUGCAGCACAUACUAGUAAUAAUUCUGCCACAGUUAUUGUUGGUCGAGCUAUUCUUUCCAGCGGAGACAUGCUACUGAGAACUGCUGGAGUAUGCAUGGAGACACUUCAUGUAUUUGGGGAUCAUUUAAGCAAAGAUAUAAAAUUUGGUAAACUUGAACGUCCGAAGCUUGGACCUCCUGCAUAUGGUGGUGGCAAUGCAGCUCAAAACUUGGCCAACAAUAUACAGAAGUUAAGCAUACAACCAGCUGUAAAGGAGGAAUGGCCUGCACUCGGCCAGCCGCCUGCUCCUGUACCGAACGAACCACAACUGAUACCUGAACCACCGAACCCAGUAGUUGAUGCACUUACCCAAUUAGAGGAUGGAAACUGUUUAGCCAAUUCCGAUGAGGAAGAUAAUGUGCCUACCGACAUGGACGGGUUGCUGAGGUGGUGCAUGCUGUCCUUCCUCAAGCUCGAAGGCAACAAGGUUGAACUGCCGCUCAAAACCAACCUGCUCUACAGAAAUCAUCUGAUGGCUCUGUGCCCGGCGGAGCGGACGCUGGACGUCAAAAAGUCAUCCUUUAAGAAAAUGGGGAAGUUUUUAGAGGCCAUGGAAAAGGAAGGCCUGGUCCGAGUCUGCGAGUUGGAGAAGGGCGUGGACGCCGUCGUGCAGCUGUCCCCCUCCCACCCCGCCGUGCGCGCGCACCCGCCCCCCCGCGCGCCCGCCCGCCCCGCCCCCCGCGCCGGCCCCGCGCCCCCCGCCCCCCCGCGGCUCCGCGAGGUGCAGUGCGUGACGGCGGCCGUGGCGCCGCUGUUCGCCCCCCUCAAGAAGGGCACCGCACUGACACCCGCGGACGUCCGCGCGACCCUGACGGGGCACGUGAGGUCCGCGGGGCUCGCUGUCCCGGGGCAGAGCGCCGUCCGCCUCGACCUCACGUUGGCCACAGUGUUGGGUCGGCAGCCCGGGGAACACCUAACGUGGGAGGAGCUGAUGUCGGGUGUGCUGAAGAAAAUGACUCCGAGUACUGAGAUACAGUUCGCCGACGGAGAGCUGAGGCUGUCCAGGAGCCGCCUCGAGCCCGUCACCAUGCAGGUCGUCAACCGCAGCGGAAACAAAAAGGUGACUCUAGUGUCUAACCUGGAAGCAUACGGAUUCAACCUGUUGGAGCUGAGCGCAGUGUGUCAGCGAGGAGUGGCAGCCUCUUGCGGCGUCACGCGCUCUCCUGGCGCUAAACACGACCAGCUCAUGCUGCAAGGAGACCAGACACAUUUUGUUGCUAAACUACUGAUCGAAAAAUAUGGACUGCCAAAAAAAUUUGUAGAAGGUGCUGACAAGGCAUUAAACAGGAAGAAGUAGUCCUUCAAAAGGGCUAUAAUAGUGAUAAAUAAAUAAAUUGUGCAGUGAGUUAUGUUUCAAAUAAAACACUUGAUUACUAU